UUCCCAGUCGCGAUUGCGAGUUAAGCUUAAGAAUAUUCUCUUAUAUUAAUUUGCAAUUUUUCAGAGUAUUCAGAUUGAGACAUUGUCGAAACGUUUUUGUUGUAAUACUUGUAGAGCUGAGAGUGAAUCAUCAUUAGGAAGAGUGUUUUUUACAUUUUCAUUUAAUAUUUCUAGCUUAACGUAAGAUAAUUGACAAUGGAAGACGUAUUGAAUGAGGUUGUGUCUCCAGAUGACUUAAAAAAAUUUGAAAAUAUUUACAAUGAGCAAUUGCGAUCUUCAAAUGUUACUCAAAAAGCACAAUUCGAGUAUGCUUGGUGCCUUGUUAGGAGUAAAUAUCCUGCAGAUAUUAAAAAAGGAAUCAUUUUAUUAGAAGAUCUUUUUAACAAUCAUGAAGAAAGCCAGCGAAGAGAUUGUCUUUAUUACUUAGCUAUUGGAAAUGCAAGGAUUAGGGAAUACACUAAAGCACUUCAUUAUGUUCGAGCAUUUCUACAAAUUGAACCUGGAAACACACAAGUACAAGAUUUAGAAAAAUGUAUUCGAAAAAAAAUGGAAAAAGAGGGUUUUGUUGGGAUGGCUGUAGCAGGAGGUGUGAUUAUUGGUAUUGCAAGUAUUAUUGGUCUUGGUAUUGCCAGAGCAAAAAAAUAGUAGUUAUAUAAUCAGAAAUAAUGUUUUUAUAUUCAAGUGAAACUAUCGAGGCUCUGAUUUUGUUAUUUUUUCAUAUUAACAAUAUGUUCUUUUUCGUUUAAUUUACAAGUAAUAAGCUUUACAAAUGUCAGUAAAAAAGUAGUUAUUGACAUUCCAAGAAAAUAAUUAAUUUUGUUUGUUUUCUUUUUGUACAGUUGUAUAUUAAGGUUUUUAUGUGCUUCGAUAAAAUAAUAUUGUAUUUAAAUUAAUGAAAAGAUAUAUUUGGAAUUAUUUAAAAUAUUUAUCUGUACUACUAGCUUAUUCAAAUGUAUAAAUCAAUUUUGGAAUGAAAUAAUUAAAAUGUACGCAAGCACAAGACUAUUGGGUAAUUCUGUUUAUUAAUAAACAAAUAUAUAAAUAAA